AUGGACUCAGUAGAGGACAUUGCUAAAGAUGUUGAGGAUGAUGGAAGUGGCUUGAUAUAAGAGAAUUACUCAACAGAAAGUUUUGUGAUUCAAUUUUCUAGAAACAUUCAGAACAUUAAAAAAGAAGCUUUAAUCGGGCAAAGAACUGAGACCUAGAGUGACACAUCAAGCUAAUAGAUGACUAUUGAAUAGCAAAUUCAAUAUGAUAACAUAAGCUCAUACUAAAGCAGCAACAGUAAUACAAACACAGAUAGACAAGAUGCAAAGGCAAUAUAUCAAGCUAUCUAAAGCUCUAAUCUCAAGAAGCUAUAGAAUACUCUUGAAAGAAUUGAAUUCAGAAGAAGUCUUGAAAUAGUUAACCUUUUUGAUCAAUAGGGAUAUACAGUAUUGCAUGCUGCAGCUUACUGUAACACCUAUGAGAUCGCCAGUUUCUUAAUAAAGUUUUUUAAGUAGAGAUUAGCCUAAUAUCUUAAGUAAAAGCUCCUUGAAAAAUAUAAUCUGACUACCACUCAUUAAUUAGAUUAUGAGACAGGUAAUCAGCUAAUUAAAAAAGUAAGAAAUGCCAUUAAGGAGUGGGUGAACAUACCCUCUAGAGGCGAAGAAGGAUUUUAUCCUUUGCAUUUCGCUGCAUUUCAUGGAAACUUAAAGUUGAUUAAACUAUUUGUAAAGUGUGGAGCUAAUCUGACAGCUAAGAAUAAACAAGGCAUAAGUGUAAUGCAUGUUUCGGCAUAAGGAGAUUAGGCUAUUUCACUUACUUAUUUUAAGAACAGAGGCUGCUCAGUAAAUGAAAGAGAUGGUGAAGGUUCAACUCCCUUGCACUGGGCUAGCUUUGAAGGAUCAGACACUGCCAUUUAUUAUUUAUUGGCAUGGAAUAUUGAAAUCAAUGCAAGAGACUUAAAUGGCAACACUCCACUUCACUUGGCAGUAAGAUCUGCUGAAAAAUUCUAAAAUACCAGAUCAAUCAAAGAACUCCUUAUUAAGGGAGCUGAUAUUGAUUUAAAAGAAAAGUAAUAAAAGAGCUCUUCUGACCUCGCAGAUACUAUCAAUAAUAUCAAUCUCAGGGAAGAAAUAAAAAGUAUACUUUCUAAAAAGUCCUCUAAUUUUUUGUUAAGCAGAUUUAAACAACCAUUGAAACGCAUUGAUAGAUCUUGGAAGCAUGUCUCAAUAUAUCUAUUUGGAAUGAUUAGUACAUUUAUUAGUCUUUUCAUUAAUGUGUUUCCUUAUAUACCCGUAAAAGAAUGGAUCAUUGCUAUAAUUGCUUUCUAUAUUAUAAACAUGACAUUUUUCUUUCUCACUAUGUUUAGAAGCCCUGGCUAUGUUCAGAAACCAGAUAAUAUGAACUUCGAAAAACUCUUAGAACAUUAUGAUCCAAACUAUCUUUGCCCAUCCUGUGAAGUACUAUGCUUUGCUGAUUCUAGGCAUUGCUAUAUUUGCAAUAAAUGUGUCAAUAAGUUUGACCAUCAUUGCUAGUGGUCUAGACAUCUAUAUUAUACUUAUGAUAGUGAUGAGCUUUAUAUAAUAGAGAAAUAUGGAUUUAUCCCAAUAUUUAUUCGUCAUAAUCCAACAACUGGACAAGCUUUCUUUUAUGUAACUAUAAUGGCUAUUCUUUGCAUUUGCUGCAUUUUUGUAAUUCCUCUGACAUUCAUGGUUUAUGUCUAAACAUAAAAUGUAAUGAUGAAUUAGACUACAUACAAAAGAUUUGCCAAGCAUAAGCGAAACUACUCUCAUGAUAAUUUAUCAUUAAAUGCUUAACAGAGGUCAAUUAGAAGUAAUGGGCCUACUCUUGGAAACGAUAUUAGUAAUUCAAGCCGAAUUCCCUCAUGGUUCUCACUCUGCAAAUCAAAUAAGACUGCUCAAGAUAUGUCAUAAUAUGACAAAGCAAUAUAACAAAACCCAACACCAUCAUCUAAGAGCUCCCAGCUUACAAAGAUUAUAUUCGAUCACGAUGAGGAAUAAGAUAAAUAAUUGUAUUUGGAUUAGGAUAAGCUAGUUUAAAUACAAAUUCCUUAGUAACAUUAGAAUUAAAGAAAUUCUAUCAUUCAAUAUCAUUAAAGCAAGAAGCUUGCUUGA